AUCGUUUUUGCUCACAUUGUAUUUUCAAAUUAAGUAAAAAUAAAAAUGGUUAUAUGCAGAUGUUUUAAAAGCAAAAUGUCUUUGUAGACUGCAUAUUUUGCUGUAACAGCGAAAACGAUGAAUGAUAGAAAUUCAUACAUAUAAGUUUCUAUGUUUUUAUAAGUUCUGUGUAUGUAUUAGCUCUUGUAUGUGUGUAUGUAUUGUAUGUAUGCAUGUAUGUAUGUAUGUAUGCAUGCAUGUAUGUAUGCAUGCAUGUAUGCAUGUGUGAAUAUAUAUAUAUUAUAGAUAGAUUCGCCAAUUUCUUUGGAUAAUUUCUUUCAAGCUCUAAUAGUAUUAUUAGCCGUACGGUGGCGCUGUAAGACAAGAUGUCAGCCCCCAGUUACCGUUAUCAUAUACACGCGUAUCCGUACUAAGCGACUGAAAGAUAUCUCGUAAUCGUAGUGUUCAUUCUUAUUUCUCUCUGGUACGACGGUAUAUUGUUACGGCGAUCUCUGGGCAGAAGUCCUUAUGUUGCGAAUGGUGAUGGCAUUCAGAAUAAAUCGGACGUAUUCGUUGACCUACUGCCACCAGCGGUACCUGCACGCACAGAAGAAGGUUGGCCAACUAAAAAAUGAAUCAAAGGCGAAAGAAGGCCCACCUGCAAUAACGUGGGAGAAAAUAUGGAAGAGCUGGAACACAAGCGACAAAUUACUAUCUCUUUUAUUGAAAAAUGUCAUCUAUAAUAAAGAUGGACUGGUUGGUAUAAACAAACCCUAUGGUCUACCAGUACACAAGGAGGGAACGAGAGAUGUAAAGAAGAACAGGUGGCGAGUGAGAGACAACCAGUCGUCGUUGUCGCUGGCAGGGGCGGUACCUGACCUCGGUGCAGCGCUGGGGAUGCCCGAACUAAAGCUGAUCAAAUCCACAGAGAGGUUUUCCACGGGCGUAGCGUUGUUUGGGGCUAGCAGCGGUCAGGCUACCGCAGUGUCUGCAGCUCUGGUCAAGGCUAAGAAGGCAAUGCUCUUCCCCACUACCUACUGGGCGUUGACUGUGGGCAUCCCAGCAUUUCCUGCUGAACAGGAGAAAGUGUACAUACGCAUGGUUGAAGUUGGGAAUAUAUAUUUGCCGAUCAUGGACCUGAGACCAAGUAAUCGAUCGCUGCGGCAAGACAGCGUGUUGAAGCAGGGUACGAUACGUGGAGAGGUGCUGACGUCUCAGGGUAGAUACAACGCCGCCCUGGUGCAGCUACGAUCCACGUCCGAGAAAAGACACAUGCAUGCGUGUGUAUUUGGCACAUCAGGCUGGCACGCUGUAAGCUCGGUGACCAGCUUUACUACAGAUCGCGUGAGCGUAUCAUAG